AUGUUUCUUGACAAGUACCGUCGUGUGCCGGCGCUAUUAAAGCCACAGCAAGGUGGACAGCAGUACUUCAACGAGUUUCUCAUUCGUUCCACUAACGACCGUCUCAUGCAACGUGAUGUUGAGGAUAGUGCCGACAAAAUGGGGUCUGCAAUCGCGCCGAAGCUCCCCCAGAUGGACUGGGGGCAUAUGUCAGCCCGUAGCACCGUGGACUCCAUACAAGAAGAGAUGCGGCGUUUGGCGGAAAACGAUGGGGCACAGCACCAACGCGCGUUCAAUGAGCGGGCGUGGUACGAGGACAUGGAGCAAGGGCAUCCACGACAAGAAGCCAGCAGUGGGCCCACUGCUGGUGCUGGUGCUCCUGCAACAACGACGACGACGACGACGACAACUGGUGCUCAAGAUGCUAGCAGUGGCACCGAUGGCGUUCCGCAGCGUGUUCUGGGUAACGAUUACUUUAAGAGCCGAUUUGGCUACUCCCUCGUUAAGGACAGCGAGAUGCCUCAUGGUAUGGUCGAAUAUAGCCAGCUCGACAUGUGGGGGGAGAUGCCGAAGUACACACGCGACAUGGUGUUCUUGUACCUUGUCUCACGCCGGCGUAACACAUACGCGGUAGCGUACACGUAUGAGGGUAAACGUAUUCUUCCCACUUAUACAGCUGGCAAUAGGGGACUCAAGGGCGGUGACCGCGGCUUCCGCAGUGACGGCUCCACCGACAACGGUCAUCAGGUGACGAGCAUGUACCUCAAUGAUCUGCUGCCUAAACUUCGUGAAAUGCGGGCGGGCGAGGGACGACCACUUGGACGGGGCGAAAAGGUUGAGCUUGUGGUGCGGGUUAUGGGUUUCUACAACGGUAGGCAGGGGGCGGUGCGAGCGGUACAGGAUCGCGCGAAUGAAUUCCAUGUGCGCUACUUUGAGGACAUCACACCUAUCCCACUGAACGGACCAAAGAUGCCGCGGGGCGUAUUCAAGUAA